AAUUGCGAACAACAUCGAUCCAAGUAAGCUGUCCUGAGCAUAAUGGGACAAUAACUUAGGCCGAUACUAAUCAAUACCCAUAGAAUGUAAAUAUCCAUAUAGGAUUUGAAUCAGGCGAUGAGCCACAUCCAGGACCAAACAAAAUCGUUGUCAAACAGUACCAAUUAGGACCUCAAAACAUCACGGACCCAACGCUAAAGUACUCCCUUCUACUCACUUCAGACGAUUCAUCGAAAAAUCCAUUCUUUUAUAAGGGUUGCGUAUAUCUACCAGAGAAAGACGAGCUCUAUGCUAUGUCGGACCUCCUUCAAUCAACCAGCAGUUCGGCGUUGCCAGCAAUCCUGAUAUCCAAAAUACUACUCCAACGAGAUCGCGGUGUACUUGGAGAUUACAUCCCUGAGGUUGAGUGGAUGAAGUUACGCCCCCCUUCUUCAAUGCCUAUGCCUGCUGGUGCAUGUCGCUAUAGAGAUGGUAUACUUUUUUGUUCUCAGGGUGCACUAACUCCUAAUUCUGGCGGUCUAUGGUAUAUGCCGUGGGGAAAACCUCCAACGCCCAUCCUAACUGCCUACUUCCAAAAACCAUUCAAUUCGAUACAAAGCGUCGUUGAGGAUCAGCAUGGCGCCUUGUGGUUCACGGAUGCUUCUAUUGGUUUCGAACAAGAAAUCAGACCGAAGCCGAAAUUGCCAAACCAAGUGUACCGAUAUGACCCCGCGACGAGAGAUCUACGUGCUGUUGCGGACGGGUUUAGUAGGCCUAUGGGGAUAGCAUUAGGCCCGGACGGCAACACGUUGUAUGUCACUGACACGGGUGCUGCUCGUCCUAAUGGUGGGAAUACGGAUACUUCAAGCUCUGCUACCAUUUAUGCCUUCGAUGUCGCCUAUAGAUCUGGAGCUCCAUUCCUAAUAAAUCGGCGCGUUUUCGCUUAUGUUAAAGAGGGAGUGCCGACAUCAGUACUCUGCGACUCCUCUGGAAACGUUUUUGCUGCGUGUGGGGACGGUGUCGAGAUUUGGAAUCCAGUGGGAACAUCAAUUGGGCUCAUCGAAGUGUUUGGAGGUUGUACAAGUAUAUGUUUUGGGAGAAAUAGGGAGCUCUUCAUUUGCGCUAAGCAAAGAUUAUGGUGGGUUCAACUAGAUAAUACGAUUUUCGGCACCUAAAUCUGUGGGGUUACAGGCGCUGCUCACUGGGGAACGACACCUAUGGAAUACCUAAGGAGUGCUGUGUGUACCUAUAAUUACCUACCAAAUUAGUACCUAGGUAGAGACAUACCCAUAUGUCACCGAAGCUUAAUUAGCUCUAGAAUACAAUCAAGGAAUCAAUGAAAUAAUCAUCAAGAAUAAUUCCAAUACCACAAUAGGUGCUUGGACAAUUUUCUAGAUAACCAGCCGUAUCAACUUGGUCCUGUUUCUGUUAUUAUUGAAGUUGGUGGCUUUUGUACAGCUAUAGAGUUGACGCAACGUAGAUUUUGAUGAUUGUUCAGAUUGCUCGAGUCCAACAUAUGUCGUAGAAAAUAUACAAUCUUCCCAGUGUUAUAAAUAUAACAAAUACUCAAGUAAGACAAAAAGGAUCCCGAUAUUAAACAGGUAAUAUCCAUUAUAUUCAAGCUUAACGUCAAUCGGUUGUAACUUCUCGCAUUGGGUUUUGUAGGCGGUUUUGUGUAUUUUAUUUUAUUUAUUGAACUCUUUUGAAG